AUGGCGUUCGAUCCGCUGGAAAUUUCGACGGUGCACAUCGCGUAUGCCGUCCUCGGUGGCUUCGUCGUCCUGUUCGGGAUGUUCUCGCUGCUGCUGCGCGAGAAGCUGUAUGUCGGGGAGGCGAUAUGGGCGUUCCUGUUUGGCGUCGCCAUCGGCCCGUAUGGGGCAGACGUGUUUAACCCGCGCGCGUGGGCAAACGGUAACCAUGCAACGACAAACCUGAUCACGCUCGAGUUCACGCGCGUCGUGCUCGCCAUCGGGGUGUUUGCGAUCGGGGUCGAGCUGCCCAAGGCGUACAUGCGGCGCCACUGGCAGAGCCUGUUUUUCUUGCUCGGGCCCGUCAUGAUUUGGGGCUGGUUCGUCUCGGCGGGGUUCAUCUACGCGCUCACCCCCGGCCUCACCUUCCUCUCCUCCCUCGCCGUCGCCGCGUGCCUCACGCCCACCGACCCGAUUCUCGCCGCCGCGAUCAUCGGCGGCAAGUACGCCGACAAACACGUGCCCGCACACAUCCGGCACCUGCUCGCGGCGGAGAGCGGCUGCAACGACGGCGCAGCGUUUCCCUUCCUGUACAUCGCACUCUACCUCCUGCUCGACCGCACGCCCCGCGAGGCCGUCAAGGACUGGUUCCUUAAGCUGUGGCUGUACCAGGUCCUCCUCGGGAUACUGAUCGGCGCGCUCCUCGGGUUUGGCUUUCGGUAUUUGAUGCGCUUCUCCGAGCGCCACGGGUUGAUCGACCGCCACUCUUAUGUUGCGCAAUAUGUCUCGCUCGCGCUGCUCACGAUCGGGCUCACGACCCUGCUCGGCUCCGACGACCUCCUCAGCGCGUUUUCGUGCGGGGCGGCCUUUGCCUGGGACGGGUUCUUUAACCGCCAAACCGAGGAGUCGGUGUUCUCCAGCGUGAUCGACCUGCUGUUCAACGUCGCGUGCUUUGUCUACAUCGGCGCGUGGAUGCCGUUCGCGCAGUUCAACGGCGGCGAGGGGACGACGCUGCAAGUGUGGCGGCUCGUGAUCAUCGCGAUUCUCACGCUGCUCUUCCGCCGCCUGCCCGUGAUGCUCGCGUGCUACCGCUGGAUCCCGGACAUCAAGACGUUCCGCGAGGCCGUGUUCGCGGGGCACUUCGGGCCGAUGGGCGUCGGCGCGGUGUUCAUCGCGACGCUUGCCUCGGAGGUCCUCGAGAAGAGCCACCAGGCGGAGCACGACCACGAGGUGGAGUUUCUGCUGAAGACGAUCCAGCCGAUCUGCGCGUUCAUGGUGCUGUGGAGCAUCGCGGUGCACGGGCUGUCGAUCCCCGGGUUCUCGCUCGGCAGGAGGGUGCACAGCGUGAGCCGCACGUGGUCGCGACACACGACCGCGACGGCGACGGUGAAUGGGCAGGGCGCGGGCCCCGACUGGAUGACGCACGUGAGACGGGUGGAGAGCGGCGUGGUGGUCAACCGCGACCCCGCGGCGCGGCUCGACGAGGAGAAGCGGGAUUUGGAGGCGGCGCUAGAUAAGAGGGAGCUCGAGGAGAUCACGGCUAAGAACAGUUCGGCGGAGAGCAAGAGCAGGAGCGGGGAGACGCCGCCUGACGGGGAAACGGUCCUCGCGGAGUGGCAGGAGGGACACCACCGGGUGAUCGAGCGGCGUGCUGGCCCGGGCGAGGAGGUGAAGGUCGAAGUCCUGCGAAAUACAUCAUUGGACGGCUCGUCUGACGGGCCGUCCACGCGCCAGCGCCUCGUGGAAAACCUGAAAUACGGGCCCAAGGCGCUCGGAGACCUCGUCGAGGAGCGCCUCCGCGAAUCGCCGCUGCCCGGGUUUCUGAGCCAGCGCAAGGACACCGAAAACGGCACCGAAAACGGGAACGACGACGGCUGGGCGUCGGAGGACAGCACGAGCGGAUCGUCCCGGCGGAAGAAGCCCCGCUCCGUGCGGCUCGCCCGCCCGCCGAACCGGCGCCGUGCGUCCGGCGGCGGGCGGAAGACCGUGUCGUCGCACGUGCACGUGCACCGCGCCGGCCUCGCGAUCAGCACGGCCCCGCCGCCGCUGGUGCGCCCCGCAACGUCGCCCGGGCCCGCCCCCGCCGAGCCGCUCGUGUCGGAGCCGGCCUCGCCGGCCUUUGCGAAGCGCACGGGCCGGCGCUCGCGCGUGGACAGCUUGCGCGCGACGGCUAGUAAUAGUGCGGUCGUCAGCAGGCGGCAGUCGCGCGAGGCGUCGCCGGCGAGGUCGGUAAGGUUCGCCGGUGCCGCACAUGAGGGGGCCGGGAGCGCACCGAUGUCGCCGGUGGAGCCGAGGGCGGAGGCGAGCUGA